CUGUGCCAGAAAGCACAAACAUUCCCACGUGAUGAUGGAGUUUGCUGCUCCCUCCCUCACUUUGCGCACAAUAGCGCGCUGGUGCACACACUCGCCGAGCGGAGCUUAAACUCGGUCAGUCUGGCUUUAGUGAACUUUCCGCCUUUAAGACGCCGUUUUGAGGAAUCUACGUUCUGGGAAAUACUCGCAGCUUCCCGUUUCCACACAAGGGAGUGAGAGAGAUACUGCUUUUCUUUCUUCAAAUGGGAGUUACAUGCGCGCUUGAAACUUUGGCUCCUUUUUCUAAUCAGUGAUUGUCGUUUCGCUCGAAACAUGCCGGAGCGGUUGAGCAUUUCGGACUUUGUCGUCCUGACAAACGAGGAUCUGUCUUCCUCGGGGACUUCCAGCUUCCAGUCCAAGAUGAGUGACUGUCGGAACACGGUUUCCAACGUGGAAGAGUCUAUGGAGAUGGACCACACAACUCUGCAGAGGAUGAAGAAGUUGAUCAAAGCUAUACACACCUCUGGACUCUCACAUGUGGACAACAAGGAGCAGUAUAUCGAGGUGCUGGAGAACCUGGGAAACAGCCACCUGACCCAGGACAACAAUGAAGUCUCCACAGGCUUCCUGAACUUGGCAGUGUUCACCAGAGAGGUCACUGCCCUCUUCAAGAAUCUGGUGCAAAACCUCAACAAUAUCAUGGCAUUUCCUCUGGAAAAUGUGCUGAAGACAGAACUGCGGGACAGCAGACUAGAGCUCAAGAAAAACAUGGAGAAGAGUUGGAAGGAUUACGACGUGAAAAUAGGGAAGCUUGAGAAGGAGAGGAAGGAGAAGACCAGGCAGCUGGGUCUGAUCAGGACUGAGGGAUCAGAUGGAGGGGAGGACAUGGAGAGAGAGAGGAGGAUGUUCCAGCUGCAGAUGUGUGAGUACCUUUUGAAGAUGCAGGAGCUGAAGGUGCGUCAGGGCCCUGAUCUUCUCCAGAGCCUCAUUAAAUAUUUCCAAGCCCAGCUCAGUUUCUUCCAGGAUGGGCUGAAAGCUGCAGAGAAUCUUGCUCCCUUCAUCGAGAAGCUUGCUUCUUCCAUUCACACGGUGCGUGUGGACCAGGACGAGGAAGUAAAACAGCUCACUCAGUUAAAGGAUUCUCUCAGAUCAUUUCUGCAAGUGGAGGGAAAAGAGGAGUACCUGAACAGGAAAAACUCUGGCAACGGGUACAGCAUCCACCAGCCACAAGGAAACAAGAAGUAUGGGACGGAGAAAUCAGGCUUCCUGCUCAAGAAAAGUGAUGGGAUCAGGAAGGUUUGGCAGAAGAGAAAGUGCGGAGUCAAAUUUGGCUGCCUGACCAUUUCCCACAGUACGAUCAAUCGACCUCCAGCCAAGCUGAACCUUCUGACCUGUCAGGUGCGACCGAACCCAGAGGACAGGAGGACCUUUGACCUGGUCACUCAUAACCGGACGUAUCAUUUCCAAGCUGAAGAUGAGCAGGAAUGUUUGAUUUGGGUGUCAGUGCUGCAGAACAGUAAAGAGGAGGCCUUGAACACGGCUUUGGGAGGAGAUCAGCUUCACCUCCAGGACAGCGGGCUCCAGGAACUAUCCCGUGCCAUUAUCGCUGAGCUUCGACACAUGCCCGGCAAUGAGGCCUGUGCAGACUGUGGAGCUCCAGAUCCAACAUGGCUGUCCACCAAUCUGGGCAUCCUGACCUGCAUCGAGUGCUCUGGUAUCCACAGAGAGCUGGGAGUGCACUACUCCAGGAUUCAGUCUCUUACUCUGGACCUGCUGAGCACCUCUGAACUACUGUUGGCUGUCAGUAUUGGAAACACCAGAUUCAAUGACAUCAUGGAGGCAGGCCUGCCGAAUGACUCUGUCAAACCAUUGCCACAAAGUGACAUGAAUGCCAGGAAGGAGUACAUUGUGGCAAAAUACGCUGAACGUCGCUACGUCCUUCGUAGAGAAGAAGCGAAUCCAGGCCGGCUGUAUGACGCCGUGAGGAGCCGCGACAUCACUUCCCUUCUGCAGCUCUACGCAGAGGGAGCAGACCUGACCAAACCGGUCACACUCCCUGAAGGACAGGGAAUCAAAGAGACGGCUCUUCAUCUUGCUGUGCGUCUGGAGGAAAGAAGCUCCCUGGCGCUGGUGGAUUUCCUCUGUCAGAACAGCAACUGUCUGGAGAAGAGAACAGCAGAAGGGAACACAGCUCUUCAUUACAGCGUCCUUCAUCACAAGCCAGAAUCUCUCAAGUUACUGCUCAAGGCAAAGGCAGCUCUUCACACAGUGAACUCAGGAGGAGAGUCGGCUCUGGAUGUUGCCAAGAGGCUGCAACACACACAAUGCAUUGAGCUGUUGGAGCUCGCCCAGAGUGGGAAGUUUAACUCUCAGAUCCAUGUGGAGUUCAUGUGGGAGACACAGUCCCAGGAGUUCUAUGACAGCGAGGAUGACCUGGAUGAGAGGGUGAGCCCUUUACCUAAAAAUCGUUCUCCUCCAUCCUUGAAUGGAGGUCAUGGAUCUGCCUUUGCCCGCUGGAGUGGGAAUAAUGGUGCCAAUCCUGGUAGCAGGCCUUGUCAGACUUAUGAGAAUCUAGACUUCCUUUAUGGAAGUCCUCCUGCCAAUAGUGCCCCUUCUGGAGCAUCAAUGCCACCACCACUGCCAGCUAAAUCCAUCCAGAGAGGUCGCUCAGACCCGCAGAUUUCAAUCACAGCACAGGAAGGAAACCCUCUUCCACGACGCUGCUCUAACCCGGUCUCCCACUCAUCUAGUCCCAAGUCGCAGGCGAGACACAGCACACAUUCACCCAAUACAGACCACCAAGCUGGGAGAGCCCCGAGGUCCCCCCACGGACAGGGAGGUCUGCUCAAGUCACAGAGGCAGACGUGGGAGGGCCAACCCGGUGCUAGUUCAGGGUCUCAGAAUCACAUAGGACCUGUCAGUUCAGAGAAGACCACGUCAUACCGUCGCACCAGCAGUGGAGGAGGCAGCCAGGGAAAGUGUGGCGUUUUGUCUCCGAGCUGUGUGGGCAGCCAGGAGGAGCUUUACUGCAGCUUAGUUGGGAAUAGUACUAACCUGACCCUGGCCCCUGCUCCCACAUCUUCAUCCUCACCUGCCGUGACCUGUGCACCGCGACCCCGCAGGAACGCUAUGGUUUCUGGCAGUAGGCCACAUCAGAAGCGUGUCAAGGCUUUGGUGGACUGUAGAGCAGUCAGCUCCGAGCAGCUCGCCUUUUUUAAAGAUGAAAUCAUUGUGGUCACGGCCACUAAUGACCCCCACUGGUGGGUUGGCCACAUAGAAGGGGAACCAUCCAGGAGUGGCACCUUCCCUGUCAACUAUGUACACAAACUGACAGACUGAAGGGAAUGUACUUCAAAACAGUGGAACUAAACCAUGUCAACCAUGGAAGAUUCUCAUCACAAAGUGGAAUUUCUCUACAAAGGAGGACAGUGUUAUUUUCAUGGAACUAACUCAAACCAGAAGGAUGGAGCAAACAGAGAAUGUUUCCACAUGAGGAUGUACUGUCCAAGGGACACCUGAAGAUGUAAAUGACGCUGGUUUUGGGGGGUUAUCCCCUUUUUAACAUUUCCUAAUUCUAGAAACCAGCAAAGAAACUGAAAAUCAUAAUGACUUUUAGCCCUGAACCGCUGUUAAACGGUACAAAGGUAAAAAGCGUAUGUGGUUGGGGUACAAUCUGCUCUUAUUUCCAUUGAACUAUUAAUCACACGUUUGUACAGCAGAUGCUGAAGUUUGUCUAGAUUCAUCUAGGACUUGUACAUAGAGGCGAAACUUACCUGCAGGGCAAAACCCUUUAAGGCACUUUAAUCAGAAGAAAACUUCUGAAGAGUUGGCAGAGCUCUACAUGCGUACCAAUCCAGCUGCUGAAUAGGGAAGUAGCUGCUUUUUGUUCUCAGUGGAAACUCUCUAGUCUUUUAAAUCACAGGAUACCGAGACUAAGAUAUGAGCUUCAAACGUGCCCAGUGUCUGCUGAGGCCUGCCUACCCGUCCUGGGACAUGCCUGCCAGUCUGUCUACAACAAAAGCGGCAGGCGCCUGGGCAGCCCAAAGAGAGAUCUGAAACUUAAGCUCAGCCAUUUCCACACCGGGCAUAGCUCACAGGCUGCACGGAGAGUGGAGGAUCCAAUUUCUUCUGGCUCCGGGCAACAAUCUCUGGAGAACCUGGAAUAAUGGUGGUGUUGGGAGAAAAAAAAAAGACUCUUUCUGUCCUACCAGGAAAUGGCACUUAAAGAGGGCUUUUUAGUAACAGCACCAUGCUGCAGUAAUUUGUUCAGUAAGCACACGCUCACACUGUAGUCCCACAUGUUUCGCACCAGAUAUACACAAGCACACUUGCACUUAAUGUAAACACACAAACCUUUUAAAAAGAAAGCAGGGCUGGGAGCGAGAGAGGUGUCGUUGCUCUACUUGUUAUACCAGAGAAAAAUUAACAAAAUAUAACUCCUUUCACAGUUAUUACAUCAAAUUUGUUGUACAUACUUAUCUCAAAUUUAUAUAUACUCAUGUACAGUAUAUAUCACGUGUGUCCUCAUCUGUUGUGCAUCAGAAAGGACUGUAUCAUAACAGAUGGUGUUAUUUCAUGUCAUUAAUUUGAUGCCAUAUGCCCUCUUUGCUGUUUUAGUUUGUUGUCUGAAUGGCUGUCAGACAGAAAAGAGAAGGGACAGUUAGAUAUGUCUCACUUAAACAAACCAGUCUUUUUCCUUGCCCAUGUUUCUGUUGAUAUUGUUACAGUAUUGAUGUUUAAGAGGAUGUCAUUAGACUACAGCUGUAAGUAGGAGCUUAUUUCAUUCAGUAUAUUUGUAACAUACACAUUAAACGUGCUUAAUUAAGAUCAGUUUUGUCUUUUAAAUUGUAUUUGAUAAUAUUUUUCUGUAACUAGUAUACAGACCAAGUAUGGAGUCUUUUAUGUCCGGUACGAGCACAUGUUGCUUAAAUUAUUCAGUGAGUGGUGGCACAUCUAAACCUACAUCCUAGAACUUCUUCCUAAUGUGUUAAAACUUUAAUAGAAUUGGCUGAAUGUCAGCUUUGGAGAGCAAUCAAACAGCUAAAAAUGUAAUAAUUUCACAUUCUGAAGAACAUUGUGGCGACUUGUAAUGCUAAGUAUACACUUAACAUUCAAAAUAUGUACAUUUAAAUUCACACAUGAACUAAAAUUACAUCUUAGCCCAGUGUCAGAUUAGCAAAAAAAAGUUUUGCUUAUAAAUAUGCUCACAAAUUCCAAUGUUUAAAGGCAAAAAUGGCAUAAAUAUUCAUAAUAUUUUAAACUAAAACAAUCUGCAUUCACAUUUAAACAGUUAUAUUUGCAUGUCUCUCUUCAUUUCCUGACUUCCUCAGCUUUUUUUUUCUUCCUCCAAAUCUGUAUGCUUUGACAAAGCUACAUUCCGUCAGCCAUCUCUUUUGGUAGCUGUCCUUCUAGCCUCAUCCAGCCUCAUUCUGUCUGCUUCCGGAUGUUACUUUGCCCUGACCCUCUGUCCCAGAGCCAGGAUGAUGAAAUUCCAACCUGUCACUUGCAUAAGCAGUCACCUCACUAAGGGCCAGGAUAACACACCAUGCUACAGCCUGUUUUGUUCUGCCAGCCAGAGUAACCCAGACACACACCCAUAUCUCCCCCAUUAACCCUGCCUGCCUGUACUAAUGCAUACAAUGUAUACACAAAGCACUCUGUAAUAUGCAGCUCCUGUACCAUUACUGCGAAAUAAAUGUACCCGUUCACUGA